AUGCAAACCGCGGUCGCAGCUGAGGUAGCCGCAGGAUUUGGCAUGGACUCACCGCAACCACCACCAAAUCUAUCCCCGUUAUUGCACGCAGCAGCUCUUCUCUUGUCCAGUCAGAAGGCAGAAGGCUCAAAUCAUCAAUCUCAGGAUCUCAGAGCUCUUCUAGAAGCCCGCCUACAAACCUUUUACGCUGAGCAAGGCAAGGAGAACAAUGGCGAGUUCGAUACAUUAGAAGAUGUCCAGCUGGCCACGGCGAUAGAGGCUUUAUCAAUAAUUGAGGCCAUCGACUCAAUGCUACGGUCACAUAUAUCAGUCUCAAUUCCAAUCGGUGCUCGUGACUGGCGAACAGUGCGGACGCUGAUUUCGCUCGUGUUCAAGUGGGGGCUCCAACCAUUACUUGCUUCAAUAAAUGAAGUCUGGGCUCCUAAAGCAACGAACCGACGUUUUGUCGAGGUCGACUCCAAGUCGAAGGAUCACCAAAAGCUUGCCAUGCUCAUCACACGGAUAAUGACUCUGAUCUUCCCCGAAGGGCUCAAUAAGAGCCUAUCCCAAUCCCCCGUUGCUGGAGAGGUGGCCCAACGACAUACGGUAGACGUUUUGAGGCCUGCGUUGACCUUGGGUUGGCUUCCAAAACAACUCGCCACGUCGGCACUGCCUGUUAUCGACCACCUUCGACCGUUUGCUAUGCGUUUACUUUCCAGUUUAUCUCCAGCCAUCGUUAUCAGUGCUUUGGGCAACAUCCUUUCUGGCCAAAAUGACCUCCCGCCGUAUGUUCGACGGACGGCGUCUAACUUUCUUACUCAGCAGUUGCUUCGACCGGGUGGAGUGCUUGGAUUGUGUGAAUCAGUAUUUGGGACUGAAGAGGCUUUGGGUGAAGAUGUCCCGCUCGAUAAACUGGAGAAAGUGUCCCGCACGCUGCUGUCCGUACCCGCCAAAAUGGACUCAAGCGAAUACUUCCACAAAGUUGUCCCCAAAAUUCUUCAACUUCUAGCCGACAACACACCCGCAUCCUAUCGUAAAAUUGCAGCGUAUACGUUAUCUCAGAUGCUAGGCUCCGACAAGACGUUCGUCCAUCGGGAGGUGGCCAGCUCGGUCAUAUUCUCUACGCUCCACAGACCUUUCACCACGCCCCCACCAAUCAUUGAAAACGUUGGCAUUGUGGCACAGGAAAACCCUGACCUGCUCAGGCCAUCUGUGGCCCUGUCUAGGCUACUCGUGCUGAUCGCAAAUUGCGACCCUUCGCCAGAAGUCAUCUCGAACUUGCUGGAGCCAAUAGUUCCUGCGCUUUACUCCCUCUUAUUCCAUUUGUCGACACAUAGAGCAUCCGAUCCUCGAUUGAAGGAGAGUGUGCAAGGACUUCUCACGACAUGGGGUAAGAUUGUGGAUACGGUAGGAGCGGUUGGGGUAUUUUGGGUUAUCAUUGUGCAAGGACAGUCCUUGCAUUGGAAGACGGAUCUGGAGGGGAACUUCUCCCUCAGCGAAGUCCCGGAGCAGAAGGCAAAGCUGGAUUUCUUGUUACCCGAAGACGCUGUUGACGGGGAAAACGAACCUGAUAUCGACACCAACCUGUUCGACUUUUAUCCUGACCCUGUCCAUUUCGUAUCUUUCCUCAAGGGGUUGGACAGAGGAGAUGUUGUUUCGGAACUUUUCAUCAAGCUACUGGAAGCAUAUCGGGAACAGAGAAUGAUGGGGCGAAGACAAGAUCCUAUGAAGACGCUCCAUUACCUUCAAAUAUUCAUGCAGAUGCAAGUUCAACUACUGGGUGAUACAUCUUCAAGUAUCUUGCGUCAGCCGGAACAGUUGCUGUCCUUUGUCAAACAGGUUCUCGAGUCUGCUUCGUCGCAAGAUGAAGAGACAAGGUCGGGUCCUGAAGAAAUAGAGUUGGGCAGUCUGCGAAUCGUACCAAGGGAUGAAGAUGAGUUGUCUGAAGGGGACAGUGACGAUGACGACCCAGAUUCUGAGGUGGUGAAACCAGACGACGAGCUUCUCGAAACGACGAUAAAUCUGUUGCUAUCUGUCUUGGAAUCGCAUGAAGACCUCUCAGUACGACAAACGCCCGCGUUGAACGACAUUUUCGAAUUGUUGGAGCCCAUAUCACUCAAUGGUUCCUCCAUCCUCCGACCAUUGGCGCGCGAAGCAAGGAUGGUUAUCACGGCUCGCUCAGCUUCAUCGUCUACAAUGAAUCAGCAGCCGGGGAAAGCCGAGAAGGAAGGUUCGCAAGAGAAGUAUCAAAAGGCACUGAAACUUCUACAAGACCCCAUCCUUCCGGUUCGGGCCCACGGACUACUCCUCCUCAGAGAACUCGUCACCGUCUAUUCCAAGGGCAAAGGGAGCAAAGCUGGGAACAUCGAUCCCGCACUCACUCCUGCCAUAUUAUCCAUAUUCCUCCAGUCGAUCCAGGAUGAAGAUUCAUACAUAUUUUUGAAUGGCGUCCAAGGCCUCGCCUCUAUGGUGGAUGGCUUCGGCUCGGAGGUGCUAGCGAAUCUUGUUCGAGAGUAUUCAGAUGGACUGGAGCGCAACGGAGCGUUUAUGACUGAGCAGGAGCUCAACAACCGCGUCAGGGUCGGAGAGGCGUUGGGCAUUGUCAUCAAGCGGUGUGGGACGAGUCUCGGCAAGUACAGGGACAUGCUAAUUCCCGCCCUGAUUCGAGUGUUUCGCCUACGGACCAUACCGGUUACCCUCCGAACGUCCUCGUUAUCGUUGUUGGCCGAUGCGAUCGACACUUACCCUCUGGCUAUGCUUCCCUACAUCGAGGACCUCGGACAAAGCAUGGUCGACCUUCUUCAGGUAGAAACUCAAGGAGCGAACGAGUCCGCCGCACCUCCGCCGUCCAAGAAUGAGAAAAAUGAUGAAGGGAAUAACGAACAGGAUGAUUCCAGACGACCUCCCGGAGACAAUGAUCACCUUGCUACAAACCCGAAGUAUCCUCCACUUCGCAGGGCUGCGUUGCAUCUCCUCGGUUUACUCAUUCGGUCAACAACGCGAAAUCUGGAUGACGACAAUCCGGUCAUACCGUUCUCGGGUAACUUGAUGAAGAGGGCGCGACUGACAUUGGGGUAUGUUGCAUCUACAGACCAGGAUGGAGUGGCGAGGGCUAUGGCCCGAGAGAUCAAAGAGGAGAUGGCAACAUUCGAAGCACAUCUACUGGGACACGAAACCUAG